UGUAAAGUGAAGGAUUUGACCUUGAAGAUUUCCAAAGUUCUUAGUUUGAAUUCUCUUGGGAAGUGAGGUCAAAGCUGGACUCGGAUGAAGCCCUUUUGGGGCAGAAAUGAAUCAGGUUUUGUCUAAGAGGAGAAAGAGAGAGUGUCAGGGAGAGGAGGAGGGGCAGUGCAUCCAGGAAACCCCAAUUCUUGACAAACAUGAGAAACGAGAGCCUGCUGAGCUGAAGAGUUGGGGUCAUCAGGGCAGAAAGAGAAUUUGUGGGCUACUCGUGAAGAUCAAAGACUCUGGUAGAUGAGAGACUCAACCUCCCAACUUUCACCCUGGGUCUGACUUGCCAGAACAAAGUUCUCGCUCAGUGAGUGAACACCCCAUCUUCUCUGCACUCACAGAUCUUCCAGUUCUUAGGGGCAAAUGUCUGGAGUUUUCCCUCUUCCAACAUCAGGUGAUCUGGCUACUUCAGGAGAAUGCUGCCCUACAAAUGCCUCAAGUCACAAAAUUUGGAAGACUUGGCUCCUUGGUAUAGAAGCAGCAUUGGCUGAGACAUGGUUCUUUGGAAACAGACAGUGGGGGCUCGUCCGGGAUAAAAUGGCGAGGACUGAGCCAGCAUCAGAAUUUUUGGGAAAAGCCUCUGGAGAGGAGAGGGAUCACAUUACGCGAGAAACCUGUAAGGUGAUAAAAGAGAGGCUCGGCUGGGACCUCGAUCCCCGGCGAAUGGAGGACUACUGCCCAAAGGAACCCCCCAACUGGGACCCAAACUCUGAUGAAGGCAAAAAUACAAACAAUUAAGGUAAAUUCUCAAAAAGGGGAGGAAGAUAUAUAUAAAAAGGGAUUCUUAACCUCAAAUGAACUUCAGCCUCUGUUUGAAAAGAUGAGAUACAAACGCACUUGGAGGAACACCCAGUUAAGUAGCAGCGCGAGACUGUGCCUGAUUUCAGCAGCCAUCUGACACCCGUGUGACAGACCUGUGCUGGGCCUGCGGAAUGGGGGUGAAAGUCUCGGUCAAAGAGACCUGCGGGAGAAACAGACAGGCAAGCAAACGUCUUGAAUACCAUAGAAGUACUCUCAUAGCGGACUGCAUGGCCCAACCCUGGGAGGUCAGGGAAGGCUUUUAGGAGAAGACGAAGGAAUGAAGAGGACUGUUAAAGGCAGAUGGCCGCUGGGAACAGCAUGAACAAAGAAAGACCUGAGUGUGAUUUCAGAAUCAGGAAGAAAAUCAGGCCUCUAAUUGUGGACACAGCCUGCAGCUAUGGGCUUAAAUGAAUGAAUGACUGGAGUGUAUUCUGGGAGUGUGAGCCAGAGGCCCCAUCUCUUGUGACAACAGAUGACAGGCUGCCGACAUUCAGAUAUCUUUGCAAAAUCCACCCAGUUCAUCAGUAUUUACGGCAUUGACUGAGCAGGCUAUUAAGGAGGUCACCAUCCAGCAGAGGGAACCCUGUAGAGCACUUCUUGCCACCACUCCCAGCCUCAGCCUCUGAGGAUGCGGCUCCUUGGGAAACUGCGCGCCUCCGCUCCGGAGCCUGCUUUCUCCAACGUGCUCACUCCGGCCCGCAUCCCCGAGUUCUGCAUCCCGCCCCGGCUGCCCGCGCCCUGCGCACCGGAGUCUCCGCCUCCGGCCGCGGCUCUGCCCCGGCGCUGCGCUGCUGAGCCAGACCUGUGGCCCGGAGGAGCCUACGGUGCCGCGGGACAUACGGACUGGGACCCGCGCUCGCAGGCCGCGCUCUCGCUGCCGCACCUGCCGCGCGCACGCACUGCCUACGGCUUCUGCGCGCUGCUCGAGAGCCCGCACACCCGCCGCAAGGAGUCACUCUUCCUCGGGGGCGCCGGCGCCGCCCCGCUCCUGCUCCCGGGCGCAGCCCCGGUUCCCGACCCCGCGCUCCCCGCCGGCCCCCGGCAGACCCCGGACGUGCCCGCGCCGCCGCCCCGCGCCCACCGCCUCCUGCGCGCCCCCGAAGGACUGCUGAGCCGCGCGCUGCGGGCCCGGAGGGGCCGUGGCCUGGCGCGCGCCCGCUCCGUGUCCAGCGGGGACGACGACGACGACGAGCGCGGCGCCGGCUCCCGGCCCCCGGCCCGGGCCCCCUCCGCGUCCCCGCCGCCGCCGCCACCGCCUGGCCCGGACCCGCGGCCCGAGCGCCUGGAGGCCGAGGGCAUUGUGGCCCUGGGCCAUGACAGGGGCGCCCUGCGCCUGGCCGCCGAGUACAGCCGGGCCAGCGGGCGGCUCCGCGUGCGGCUGCUCGGCGCCGAGGGCCUGCCCGCAGGGACCGCCGAGCCCCGCGCCGUGGGCUGCCGCGUCAGCUUCGUCCUGCGCUCUCCAGGCAAGACGCGCCCGCAGCGCAGCGCCGUGGUGCGGCCGAGCCGCAAGGCCGCCUUCGACCAGGACGUGUGCCUGGACGGGCUGUCGGAGGAGCAGGUGCGCCGCCUGGCCGUGCGCGUCCAGGCGGAGAAGCGGGGCCGUGGCCGCGAGCGGGGCCGCUGGCUGGGCCAGGGCGAGCUGCUGCUGGGCUCCCUGCUGCUCCCCUGAGGGCGCCCGGGCCUCGGGCCCUCCCCUUGGGGCGCUCUCCGCGCGCUGGGACCUCGGACCCGGACAGCCCCUUCGGACAAAAUAAAUGCUAUUUAUUCAUUUUUCUA